AUGGGUUUCCAACCACAGCCGGCCCCACAAGAAAAAAAGAGUAAUCUGGAAGAUAUGAUCUCUAAGUUCAUUACUGCUACUGAAGCAAGAUUUCAAGAACAAGAUAAGAGGUUCUUAAGUCAAGAAAUAUCGAUUAAGAACUUAGAAGUUCAAGUGGGGCAGAUUGUAAGCAUGCUGUCAGAAAGAAAAGAGGGACGACUACUGAGCAAUACAGAAAAGAACCCCAGAGAGCAUGUGAACGCCAUAGCCUUAAGGAGCGGGAAGACAAUCUGCGAAGCCCAAGAAGAUGACAAGGAAGCUGAAUCGGCCAAUCUGCAAAAGGAGAAUGAGGGAAGUACCCCUAAACUGAAUUUACAUGAAAUUAAACUUCCUAUUCCCUACCCAAGAAGAAUGCCCAAGUAUGCCAAAUUUCUGAAGGAAGUGAUGUCCAACAAAAGGAAAUGGGAGGAUUGCGAGAUGGUGAAGCUAAAUGAAGAGUGUUCAGCCAUUCUUCAAAAUAAGCUACCCCCAAAACUGAAGGAUCCAAGGAGUUUCUCUAUACUUUGCACCAUAGGGAAUGCUGAAUUCGAUAAAGCCUUAUGUGAUCUUGGUGCUAGUAUAARUUUAMUGCCYUAYUCUAUUUUUAAGAGACUUGGAUUACAUGAACUAACAUCUACCACCAUUACCCUACAACUGGCCGAUCGGAGCAUUAAAUACCUUAGGGGAAUAGUGGAAGAUGUCUUAGUUAAAGUAGGGAAUUUCAUCAUCCCUGCUGAUUUCAUUGUGUUGGAUAUGGAGGAGGACAGAUCGAUGCCAUUAAUUCUAGGGAGACCCUUUCUUGCAACCGGUAAUGCUUUAAUUGAUGUACAAAAGGGUCAACUUACUCUUAGGAUUAAUGGAGAAGAAAUGAUAUUUAACGUUUUCCAAACCCUGAAGUAUCAUAACACGAAAGAACAUGAAAUAUAUGUAAUCAACUCCAUUGAUGUGGUGGCAGCAGAAAUUAAUAAAUCAAAGUUAGAUGACCCCUUGCAAGCUGUCUCAUUAAUCCUUGUAACAACAUGCAGGUCUCCAGGAGGAAAAGCUUGUGAGGGUGCUCAAGCAACACAUACCGGCCAUAGGAUGGAGCAUCGCAGACAUAAAGGGGAUCAGCCCGUUGGUAUGUACACACAAAAUUCUGAUGGAGGAAGGCUGCAGUCCCAAGGCACAACCGCAAAGGAGGCUGAAUCCUAA